AUGGCAGAGGCAGUGGCUUCGAUUGCUCUGGAAACCAUCCGCGAUUUGCUAUUGGAAGAGGGAAAGUUUUUAGCUGGUGUGGCCGAUCAAGUCAAGGAGCUCGAGUGGCAGCUUAACGAGAUGAAGUGUUUCCUCGAAGACGCUGAUAAAAGACGACAUGAAAGCAGAACAAUCUCCAAUUGGAUCUCAGAGAUCAGAGACCUAUUCUAUAGAUCCGAAUCCGCCAUUGAAAGACACGCAGCUUAUCAAGUUUAUUCAAGGAGAAGAGGCCUCACACAGUUCGUCCGCAAAUAUUCAUGCAUUCUGACAGAUUGCAACUCACUCCACCAAUUAGGUUCCGAGAUUUCACAAAUUACAUCAAGUCUGGAGAGGAUAAGCAAUGAUAUGCAAGAAAACGGCAUAAAAAGAAGCAUAAUCAUCAAUCCAAAUGGAGAGGAGGAAAGCUCGGCUGGAAACAACAUGUCAAGGAAGACUUUCCCCAAUUCUGAGAUGGGAGAUUGCUUCCUAGGCAUGGAGGAUGAGGUGGACCAGCUUGUUCAUCAUCUAGGGAAAGACACAGAGGAUAGGAUUAUUUCACGUGGGUUUGCAUUACUCAACAAUGCGAGAGUCCGCGAUUUGCUAUUGGAAGAGGGAAAGUUUUUAGCUGGUGUGGCCGAUCAAGUCAAGGAGCUCGAGUGGCAGCUUAACGAGAUGAAGUGUUUCCUCGAAGACGCUGAUAAAAGACGACAUGAAAGCAGAACAAUCUCCAAUUGGAUCUCAGAGAUCAGAGACCUAUUCUAUAGAUCCGAAUCCGCCAUUGAAAGACACGCAGCUUAUCAAGUUUAUUCAAGGAGAAGAGGCCUCACACAGUUCGUCCGCAAAUAUUCAUGCAUUCUGACAGAUUGCAACUCACUCCACCAAUUAGGUUCCGAGAUUUCACAAAUUACAUCAAGUCUGGAGAGGAUAAGCAAUGAUAUGCAAGAAAACGGCAUAAAAAGAAGCAUAAUCAUCAAUCCAAAUGGAGAGGAGGAAAGCUCGGCUGGAAACAACAUGUCAAGGAAGACUUUCCCCAAUUCUGAGAUGGGAGAUUGCUUCCUAGGCAUGGAGGAUGAGGUGGACCAGCUUGUUCAUCAUCUAGGGAAAGACACAGAGGAUAGGAUUAUUUCAGUAUGGGGAAUGGGAGGGUCAGGCAAGACUGCCAUUGUCAAGAAGCUCUACAACGAGACGACCUCCUUUGAUCUCUCAGCGUGGGUUUGCAUUACUCAACAAUGCGAGAGUCGAUUAGUUUGGGAGGAUGUUCUGAGGCAACUAGAGAAUCAGAAGAAGAAGAAGAAUAUUUCAAGUGUGAACGGUGAGCCACAAAUAAAGGGGGAGGUUUCAAGUCUGAGCAACUCAGAAUUGAUUGAGAGUCUAUGUGAGUUACAAAGAGAGAAGCGAUGUCUCAUAGUUUUGGAUGAUGUUUGGGAACUUUCUCAUUGGGAUGAGUUGAAGCAUCCAUUCAUUGUCCAAGAUUUGCAGAGUAAAAUCUUGGUGACUACACGGAAACAAAAGGUCGCAGAGAUUGGAUUGGCAGUGGAACAUGGGCUCUUACAUAUGGAUGCUGCUUUGGAACUACUUAAAAACAAAGCAUUUCAGCAUGGAAACAUUCCAGACUUUGCACUGGAAGAAAGAUUUGAGAAAAUUGGGAAAGAAAUGGUGCAAAAAUGUGGUUAUUUGCCGCUGGCAAUUUCGUUACUCGGUGGGGUAUUGAGAAAGAAAAACUCGAUGGUGGAGUGGGAGUUAGUAAAUGAGGAUAUCAAAGAAGUUAUGUAUAGAGACGGAAAGCAGAUUGAUGGAGUGCUAAAUUUAAGCUAUGAAAGUCUACCCUAUUAUUUGAAGCCUUGCUUUCUCUAUAUGGGUAUAUUUAACGAGGACGAAACCAUACUUGCUUUGGAUCUAUAUAAGAUGUGGAUAGCACAAGGCAUGAUUUCAUAUGAGAAUAUUGGAGACAAGGAAGAAAGUUUAAUGCACAUCGCUGAGCUGUACUUAAGUGAGUUGGCCUCCAGGUCCAUUGUUCAAGUUGAAAUUCAGUUUGCUUAUGAUGUCGCAAAUCGAAAUGGAAAAUAUUAUGCAUGCAAACUUCAUGACGUAGUACGAGAACUAUGUUUGAAAAUGGGGAAAAGGGAGGAUUUUGGUGUGCGGAGUAUGGAGUAUCAAGGUGGGAAGCUUAGUACCUUCCUAAAGGAAGCUUCCUCACAUAUGAAAAUACAACAUUUGGCUAUCCAUUUCAGAAGUGAAGUCGAACACGAGCGUACAGUCACUUGCUAUAGUAGCAAACAUACGAGGUCUCUUCGAUUAUCUAAUCUCAUAGGAUCGAAUGUUGUUGAGUUUCCCAAACAAAGUAUAGUUGAUUUUCAGAAAUUUAAAUUGCUGAGAGAUCUAGUUAUCGUGAGAUUCAAAUUUGCAGGAGGAAAGUUACCGAGAGGAAUCACUAAUCUUGUUCACCUUCGAUGUUUGCGUUUAGAAGCAUGUGAACUGGAUAAGCUACCGUCAUCCAUGAGGAAUUUGGUAUACAUGGAUACCCUUGAUUUAACAAAUUCAAUGAAUGUUGAAGUUCCAAAUGUUUUUAAGGAGAUGUUGAGAUUAAAACACUUGACUUUACCUGUCUUUGGAAAUGAAAAAGUUGGAAAUUAUCGAGUAAGAUUGGAUGAAGGAUUAGAUGGGUUGGAGACUCUACUACUCGUUGAUAGUAGAUAUCAUGAAAUUAAAUGUAUGGACAAAAUGAAGAAUCUCCGACAUUUUGUAGCAAGAAUACACGAUGAAGUAAGCUUGUCAGUUAUAAUGAAUUCCAUUACAAACUGGAACAAGAUAGUGGAUUGCCAAGUUUCUAUAGAAGCCAGUUGCGAUUUAACAAGUGAGAAAACUCUAGAGAAAGCUUUCACGUGUCCCAAUCUUCAUGCAUUGGUGACUAGGUCCAAGUUAGGGAAGGCGCUACCAGAGUGCUGGAGUGACUUGGUUAGUUCGAAACUUAGGUUUUUGGAUCUGUUUGAAUCCAAGAUUGAGGAUGAUCCAAUGGGUACACUAGGAAAGCUUCCUUGCUUGAUAAGAUUGCGACUAUAUUGGGAAUCAUUUGUUGGGGAGAAGAUGACGUGUACAGUAAACAGUUUUCUUCGCCUCAAGAGGCUAACUUUAAGAGGAUUACCAAAGUUGAGGGAGUGGAGAGUGGAGGCAGGAGCCAUGCCCCUUCUCUCUCUAUUAAGGAUCGCAGAGUGUUCUUCUUUGGAGAUGGUUCCAGAGGGAUUGAGUAGCAUUUCUACCCUUCAGACACUCAUAAUUGAAGGAAUGCCAGAAUUGAGUGAAAGGGUAUCACCAUCUGGACAGGAUUUCCACAAAGUUUGCCAUGUCCCUUCAAUUCUUAUUGAGGACCAGUCUUCCCCCAGGUGGUUUCAGAGGAACAAAGGAAGAAGGCGGCUCCACUUGUGACUCCUCUCUGAUUCACACUUUAGAUAAAACAAAGUACUUUCUGGCUGAGAGAUCUUCUAUCUCCUUACCUAACCUCAGUGGCUGACACUUGCUACGAUUGUUGAAGGCAAUUCAUGCUUUUCAGGCUGAAACAGAAGAGCAACCGAGCCUAGCAAUGGGAAAUUUUGGUGUUUUUCCG